AUGUUUAGCAAAAACAAUAUUCUUGUUAAAAGUAUAGGACACAACGUGCACAAAACAUUUUAUUUAAUGGAUGAAUACAACGUACAAGUUAAUUGGGGAGAAAAGGAUAAAGGUACACUGCAGAAUUUACAAGAAAAAUACGAAAACGCACAUAAUCUCAAUUGGAAGGACAAUAAUUUGAUAGAUAUUAAAAUAUACUACGAUUCAGUUUUUAGCUUUUUUAAAGUCAUUAUGUUAAGGCUAACAUGGAAACAUUUAUUAUACGUAAAAAAACAACAAAAUGAAUCUAUUAAGAUAGAAUUUAUUAAUAAAUGGUUUGAGAUACUUGAUGAGUUUGUGAAGUUCUUUCGUUUAAAAGAUGAUGAUUAUGUAUGUAAGAUAAAAAAUUCAAUUAAUGGUAACCAUGAUGUUGUUGUUGAACUCCUCAAAUCAUAUUUAAACGACUUAUGUUGCAAUUUAGAGUGUAACGCUAUAAAUGAAAUUAAAUUAAACGGCAAAGAACUUCCCUCUAAAGAAAGUAAAACAGUUCACAACGAAUCAGAGGUUGAAACUGUUGAGUAUUAUAGUUUGGGUGCUGCUGAAAAAUUUAUCUCUACUACAAAAAAUAUAUUUUCAGCAACUAAUAAAAAGAACAGUGUAUGGACAUAUAGCAAAAAUCAAUUACAUCAAACAUAUAAAAAGUGUUUCUGUUGUAUCUGCAUCAAACCUGAUGCAAAACAAUCAGACCACGAAAAAAGCCCUAAAGUUAAUAGUAAUAAUAAACCAGAAAUUAAGACAACGAUAAAAGAAGAGAUAAUAUAUUCUUGGACUACGGUAUUCAACACUUUAAAAUCUACCCAAAGUGUUGAAAAAGUUGUAAAAACUCCUCCGCAAAAGAACCAAGAACCAAAGAAACCACUGUUUAGUCUACCACCAAAAACUGAAGCUAAAAAUGUUUCGCCAGUGUGCCGUGGUAUUAAAAACCAAGGAGCAACUUGUUAUUUAAAUUCUUUCAUCCAAGUUAUGUUCCAUACGCCGGAGUUUCGUAACGAGUUGUUGAAGCUGACAUUCCCUAAUGAUUCCGGUGACGACAAUUGGUUUAACGUAGCUUAUCAACUUCAAAGGCUUUUCGUAGAACUACUUAGACCUGACACAUCGUCAGUCAAGACUAAAGACUUAACAAAAAGUCUUGAUUGGACUUCGGAGGACACAGAUAUCCAGCAAGACGUCCAAGAGUUUGGUCGAAACUUUUUGGGCAUUUUGGACGAGAAGUUGCAACUUACAUCGUCCGCUAACAUGAUUAGUAAUCUAUUUAGUGACAAGUAUAAUGUAUUUACUAUAAAAAUGAACGUGACUGUUUUUUUAGACUUUAUUAGCAUUCAGGUCGAAUACCUUACUUGUACUAUGUGCAAUAUAAGUAAAGAACAGUACUCCACAUUUUUUGAUAUUUCUCUGCCUAUUCGCUCUAUUGAUGGAAAGACAUCAUAUGACUCGCUGGAAUACGCAAUAGAACAAUAUUUAAGACCUGAAAUAUUGGACGAACAUUUUUGUGACAUUUGUGGAAAAAAAAGCAAAUUUCUAAAGGGGCAACAAUUUAAAGAGCUCCCGUAUAUUUUAUGUUUUCAUCUAGGUAGGAUUAGUUAUAACAUAAAUAGUCUAAAGCCUGAAAAAAUAAAUGACAAAGUAUCUUUUCCAUUUUUCAUUUCAAUGGAUGUGGAUGGCUAUAAUUCCAUAUUUGAAUUAUACGGAGUGAUCAUUCAUAAAGGAGAAGCCACUUUUGGGCACUAUUACUCAUACAUAAAAGAUUUCAAGUCGGGACAAUGGUUUGAAUGUAAUGAUGAUAUUGUUACUCUCAUACCACCACAUAAAAUUGAAAGUACUUUUAGCGGAAAAUCAAGCGCAUAUAUGAUAAUGUAUCGACUUUUUGAUAGAAACAGAAAUCGAGAAGCUUACACAAUUGAUGAACUCCCAGCGCAUUUAAAGUAA